AUGGAGAAGACGGUGGGCAUAGUCGGAGCCGGGGUGAGUGGACUGGCGGCCUGCAAGUGCGUAAAGCAGAAGGGCUUCCGCCCUGUCGUCUUUGAGGCCGGGGCCGGAGUGGGGGGACUUUGGGGGCGCACCUUCGAGUCGACGAAGCUGCAGUCCCUCCGGGACGCGUACCACUACUCUGACUUCCCGUGGCCGGACGAGGUGACGGAGACCAACCCCAGCCACGGCCAGGUUUUCAACUACCUUCGGGCCUACGCCGAACACUUCGACCUCCUCCGCCACAUCAAAUUCAACUCCAAGGUCCUCGGGAUCGACUAUGUCGGAGCCUCGGUGGAGGAAAUGCUCUCGUGGGAGCUCUGGGCCGGCACAGGAGAGGCCUUCGGCAGAGGCUCCGCGGGAAAAUGGGAGAUCUCUGUGCUGCAUGCCGCCGACGGUGAUUCCAAAGUAGAGGUUUGUGAAGACAGAAUCCACCCGUUACAUCGGCACUUAUAACUCCCAAAGUCCAGUAUCGGACCUGGGUGAGAGUAUUCAUAGAUUUUUUACUUUUUUUCUGGCCAGUUCUCUCUGGUUUGGCUCCUGUCGCAGACGACCGGAGCCCAACAACUAAAGCUUAUAAAUUAACUUAAUUUGUGCUACUAUAAUAAUACCAAGAUUUUUAUCAAGUCUAGAUCAUGCAUGACCUUGGCCGAUCCACAGGUCAUGUUUAGGUGGAAAUCACUAGUUCUUUCGAGUCUUUGUUCAGGAAGGUUCAGAUGGAUCAAGCCUUAAACAGCUCUCUGUUAUUCUUGCUUGGUAUUGUUGGACUGUCCGCUUCGUAUCUGUGCUCACUGUUGGAUUAUUGAAACCAGAUAUAUGAAGUGGACUUUCUGAUUCUAUGCAUCGGGCGAUAUAGUGAUGUACCCAACAUCCCAACAUUCCCACAAAAGAGAGGCCCGGAGAUCUUUGAAGGCAAAGUCUUACACUCCAUGGACUACGCCAAUAUGGGCGACGCCGAUGCAGCAGAAUUGGUCAGGGGGAAGCGGGUGACAAUUGUGGGGUUUCAAAAAUCUGCGUAUGAUCUUGCAUCGGAGUGCGCCAGUAUUAAUGGUGACUAUAUCCUCAAUCUUCUUGCUGCUCGUCGAUGGCUUCAUGUAAAAUUUCACGGUUUGACAUCUUCUCGAUCUUCUUAUUCUAGGAACGAAGUACCCAUGCACGAUGGUCGGUAGGACCAGGAGGUGGUUUGUGCCGGACUUUGUUCCCUGGGGUGUUCCCUGGACCUUCCUCUACAUGAGCCGAUUUUCAGAACUGCUAGUCCACAAGCCUGGGGAAGGAUUUCUGCUUAGCCUCUUAGCAACCUUUCUCAUUCCACUGGUACUGAAUUUCUCUCUCAUAGAUGCAGUUUAAUUUUUUUAAAGUUCAUAUCAAGCUAAAAAAUCAUCGAGCCGGGUGUGGAGAGUACCCACCAUUAUAAUUUUAAAAAUACAUUUAUUAUUACCUGUGUGCAUCCAAUCGUAGCAUGUAUGCUCGCUGCUCUUCGACUUUUUGUUCGUCACAUUCACAUGGACGUUUCUCUUCUGACUAUCAUGACGCCUGGGGACUAGAGAUGGCUUGUGGCCAAAUUUUUAGAGAGCUAUUGCCUGUGGAAGCUCCCGAUGAGGAAGCAUGGGAUGGUGCCGGAUCACGACUUCUUUCAGGAGAUGUCCACGUGCUCGAUAGCAUUGCUGCCCGAAAAUUUCUACGACAGGGUGGAAGAUGGGAGCAUUAUCCUAAAGAAAUCUCAAACAUUUUGUUUCCACAAGAGGGGCGUGGUCGUAGACGAUGGGCCCAAACCCAUAGAGAGUGAUCUGGUAAUCUUAGCCACAGGAUUCAGCGGCCGUGAGAAGCUCAAAGAUAUAUUUUUUUCAGAGUAUUUUCGGAACAAACUAGAAAGCCCGUCUUUGGGCAUUCCUCUCUACAGGUAUUCUCUUCCCUUCCCUUCUUGCUUGCACAGCAUUGCUGAUCUUCCAACAAUUCUGUGUGUAUCGUUCUGAUGACGUUACAAGCCCGGAGACUCACCCACUGGUUGUACACUAGGGAAUGCAUCCACCCGCAAGUUCCACAACUGGCGAUCAUUGGCUACUCGGAGAGCUUUUCGAACCUCCAUUCGUCGGAGAUCAGGUGCAAGUGGCUGGCUCAUUUUCUCAGCGGGGGACUUCGCCUUCCGAGCAUAAAAUCCAUGGAGGCAGACGCUGCCGAGUGGCAGAGGCACAUGAAUCGAGGAUCAUGCAUCGGAGUCUUCCACAUCUGGCACAACGAUCAACUGUGCCGAGAUAUGGGGCUAAAUCCGAGGAGGAAGAAAGGGCUCAUUGCCGACUGGUUCAUCCCAUACGGUCCGACAGAUUAUAAGGAUCUCAAUCCGUAA